GUUCCGAUUCUCCAGUCGCGACAGUCACUGUUUGCUUUGGCACAGCGGCUAUCCCAUUCCCUUGGCGUGGAUGUUGUCACUCGCUAGAUGAGAUUUAGGGCGUCCUCGAUCUUGGUGGGUUCCUCGGCUCUCCAUCGCUGAGCGGCGGGGCGGCAGGGCAGGGCAGGGCAGCAGCAGCAGCAGCGCAGGCGAGAAUGUCUUCCCCGAGCAAGCGCCGCGAAAUGGAUGUGAUGAAACUGAUGAUGAGUGACUACAAGGUGGAGAUGGUAAACGAUGGGAUGAACGAGUUUAAUGUGGAGUUCCAUGGACCUCGGGAUAGUCCAUAUCAAACGGGGACUUGGAAGGUUCGUGUCGAACUUCCAGAGGCUUACCCGUAUAAAUCUCCAUCCAUCGGUUUUGUGAACAGGAUAUUUCACCCCAAUGUGGACGAGAUGUCCGGCUCCGUGUGCUUGGACGUGAUCAACCAAACGUGGAGCCCAAUGUUUGAUUUGAUCAACGUGUUUGAGGUGUUUCUACCUCAGUUGCUACUCUAUCCCAACCCCACAGAUCCACUCAAUGGUGAAGCGGCCGCGUUGAUGAUGAGGGACAGAGAUCGCUACGACCAGAAAGUUAAAGAGUACUGCGAAAGAUAUGCAAAGUCAGAGGAUACGGCAGCUCACCCCGAAGAGAGCAGCGACGCGGAAGUGACUGAUGAGGAUUACGCGUCCAGCGACGAGGAAAUGGCUGGCCAUGCCGAUCCUUGAUGCUGCUCAUAGCUGCUGUGCUGGGUACAUAAAGUAAAAUCUAUAUCAGAAAUAAUAGAACACAAAUUUGAAACA